AUGUCCUCAAAAAGUAAAAAGAAAAGCUCGUUGGUGCAGCAAAGUAUUUUCAGCUUUCAUUGCCCUGGUGUUAGCAAAGUAGGGGUUAAGGACAAGCCAAAGCAGCUGCAAAGUAAACUCAUAUCAAGACAAAAUUCUGUCCUAAGUGCGACUGAUAAUGAUGACGGGUUUGGUGAUGAUACAAGUUUUGAUACGUCGAUCGAUACUAGCAUGGAAAUUCUGAACUUUAGAGAUCCAACAUUGGAAAGCAUACUUUUGCAGCACCGAGCGAACCUGUCACAGUCAUCUCAAAGAACACCAAAAGUUCUUGGUGAGUCUGGUCUGGUCAAUACAGAAAAAGACAGGUUUAACUCUCUCAAGAGGAGCAACAGCGAUGUAUUAAGCUCUUUUGAUGGCGGGCAAGCCCAAAAAAUUACAAAAACUACAAAUAAUGUGGCGCGUCUGGUUCCAGAGACCGAGGGGCCCCAAUUGAGUGCAGAGCAAAGAGAAGUUAUUGACUCGGUUCUCGCCGGCCGCAACGUAUUCUAUACAGGAAGUGCUGGAACAGGAAAAUCGGUGGUUCUUCGUGAAUUAGUAAGAAUUCUCCAAAGGAAAUACGGCAGUAGCAUGGGUGUAACUGCACCAACUGGAAUGGCUGCCUGUAAUAUUCAGGGCCAGACCAUAUUCAAGUUUUUGGAAAUUGGUCUUGCCUUGAAACCUGCACAAGAGCUAGCAAACAUGAUUAGAAAAAAGCAUCACAAGUUGGAAAAAUGGCUAAGGCUAAGAGUUUUGAUUAUUGACGAAAUAUCCAUGAUUGAUGGGACUCUUUUUGACAAGUUGGAACACGUGGCGCGGUUGGUGAGAAAGUCAGAUAAGCCAUUUGGGGGCAUUCAAAUUGUUUGCACGGGUGAUUUUUACCAGUUGCCACCGGUUUCGAAAAACCGGGCAGCGCUUCUUUGCUUUCAAUCAAAGGCAUGGCCUAAAGUGAUCAACAAGAAUAUUGUAUUGAAACAAAUUUUCAGACAAAAGGGUGAUCAUGAUCUUAUUGAAAUGUUGAACGCAUUAAGAACAGGCAAGUUGACUGAAGACAUUGUUGCCAAAUUCAAGCAACUUUCAAGAAUGGUUCGGUAUGAGGAUGGUAUUGAGCCAACUCAACUUUUCCCGACUAGAAGAGAAGUCUCCGAAGCAAAUGAUUUGCGCUUGCAAUUACUUUCAGGAGAAUCUUACAAGUUUCAAGCUCAGGACAGCCACAAGGGUGAACAAUAUAGAGCACAAUAUGCUCAGUUAUUAUGCGAGGAAACCUUGCAUUUGAAAGAGGGUGCGCAAGUGAUGAAUAUCAAGAAUUUCAGUGAUCAUUUGGUUAAUGGAACACUAGGCGUGGUUCUAUUUUUUGCCACACAAAGGCUCCAUUUAAAGAUUUUAGAUUUGUAUGGUGCAAUUGAAGCGAUGGAUCAGCAAAUGAUGAAAGAAGUGAAAUUGUUGUCUUGGCGCGUGGGUAGUGUAUCUGAAUGGAGAGACCAGGAUAAACAGAUACUUCAAGACAUACCCCCAGAAAGAAAGUCUCAAUUUGAGCUGCUAGUACAAAUCGCAGCGAAGGAAUCCAAGGCAAAGAUGUUGCCAGUGGUAUUGUUCAAGCUAAAUGGCGAAGACGAAGCAGUACUUGUGGAUAGACAUGAGUUUGCAAUUGAAACUACUAAAGAUGGCCCAGAGGGUAACCCAUAUAGAGCUCAAUUACCAUUGUUGCUUUCUUGGGCAAUGUCGAUUCACAAAGCCCAAGGUCAGACCCUUCCUCGUGUUAAGGUUGACUUGAGCAACGUAUUUGAGGAUGGUCAUGCGUAUGUGGCGAUAUCCCGGGCAGUGAGUCGAGAGACUUUGCAAGUGAAACACUUUGAUAUAAGAAAAGUGAAGGCGUCACCGGUGGUAAAACAAUUCUACGAAAGUCUUGAGAAGUGA